AUGAUUGAGUUGCAGAGCAGCGUCGUUGACGACGUCAUCGCUGCCGCGUUGGAGAUAGCUCAGCACUACGCUUCUCAAGGAGUGGAGGGGGUGAAGCGAGGUCACGCCCUGAUCCUCGGAGAUCCCACGGCAGUCCUUCGUUGUGGACAUAUCCGAGGACACAGUGACUUCCGACCAGAAGAAGGCAUCAACAUUUUGAGAGCUGAGGGCGCGGAUAUCGUCCGCCAGCACAUGAACAUGGACGGCAUGACUCUCAUUAGCACUGAUGGGCUGGUCUACGCAAACCACGUCUAUGCCAACCAGCUGCCUCACCAUGGUUUUGGUGGCUCGCGCACUGCGGCAUCGUUGUGGUUCUCUACCGAAGUUCCGGGUUCUGUGGUUUUCAUGAUCUCGCAGGACAGCUCCGGUUCAGUUCAGAAGUUUGUGGCUGGAGACCAUGCGUUCAUUGCAGCUGGGGCUACGGGUGCUGCAAUGCUGCGGCAGCCAGGGCAUGGGCGUUGGGGUGCUCUGGGCACAGCUGCAACCGUGGCUGCCUCCGUGGUUGCAUCUGUGGCUACGACCCAUGGCCUCAGCAUUGUGGGAGGUGGGAGGCCGGCUGCAUCUGCCACGCCGGUAGUCGGGGCACGAGCUCUAAGAAUGUUGGACUCUUCCCGACCAAACUUGAUGCCCGGCUGGUACACUGUGAUUUCUAGCAUCGGCUUGAACUGUCGAGAUAGCCGAGGCCAGAAGACGGGCAGUGUGGCCAUGGGAUAUACCUUCCAAGUGCUCGAGCUGCGACGGGGUUCUGAGCUUGGAAGCGGGAUCAGCGCAUUUGGACCUGAUAGGAUUCGGGGUCGGGCCGGCGUGGAAAGGCCAGAAUGGCUGGCUUUGACAGACAACGAUGGGAGCAUGAAUGUGGAGAUGCUUGCCGCAGGUCAGACGAAGAGCUUGGCAGUCAGCAACUUCUCCCCAGAUCAGCUGGAUUGCUUGCUCUCUAACUCCUCAGCCACACCGCCGAUGGUAAAUCAGCUCCCGUUCUCCAUCAGCUAUGCCGAGCCUAAUAUCCUCGAGGAAAACAGCAAGCGGGGC